CAAUUUUCCAUUACCCCAAUACGUAAGAGAAAUGAACAAAAAUUUGAUAGCUUUAUGCAGUGGCUGAAGCAGUUUUUCUGAUGCAAAUAUAGGUUGACACCUGACAGUUUAGUAUCAAUAGAUUAUUAUUAGCUAAUAUAAUUUAUUGUAAUAUAAUUGUAUUAUAAUUGUAAUUUGUUUUAUUCCAGUUCAUAAAUCUACUACAUCCUUUUUUUCCAAAUCUAUUUUUUAUCUGAUUUAAUCUAAUAAAAAAUUAUUAAAUCUCUAAUUAAAAGUGAUUAUUCUGCGUCAUAGAAAAUUCCACAAUAUUAAAUGUUAAACAUUUAUUAGACUUUGUAUUUAAUAAUAAGCCUGUUUUGCGAAAACGCGCAAUUUUCCGCAAUCUAAUUACGGCCGAUAAGGGGUUUCCGUUUUGAACUUGAGAUGCACCACGUUUGCAUGCAUAUGUGUAAAGCGCAUAUUUGCUCAAGAAAUUAUCAAGGUUUCAGGGCGCGAUAACGUAACAUUGUGCGUCUGAUUUGAAGGAGGAGAAAAGAUUCUGCGCAGGAGUUUAUAAACAACAAUCAUUCUUGCGAAAGCGCAUUGUAUGAUUCGCACAAAAAUAUUAUGAUCUCCCUCUAUAUGUAUCUCAGGCUAUUGUCCGAAUGAAUCACGAAGUGGAUCACGAGAUAAGUUACGAUUGUACAAUGAUAUAGGAAGAAGAAAGGAGAUGGGGAGGUAGAGAAAGUAUAAAAAGAAAUAAUUAAAGGAAGAGAAUGGAAUCGUAGAAGAUAUCGUAACAUCUUGAGGUCAUCCAAGAGACUCUCUUACAAUUUCGUUUUUACUGUUAUAAAAUUAUCAAUACCAAAACUAACAGGAAAACAUUCGAUCUCUAAAAAAGAAGGUAUCUUUAGAUGCAUGUGUUACUUGAGACUUUUGUGUAAAAUAAAAUGGCGACUUUCUAUGCUAUUUUAACAAUUCGAUAAUACACGAUAGCGCGCUUUUAUUAUAAUUCACGAUACAGCCUAUAAAGUGAAAAUUUAUUUCCCUUUCGUGCAAGCAGAAUGUAAACAACGGUUUAAAAAAUGCGCAUUACAAAAAAUUAAUGAUCGCCCUUUUUUGUUCCCGUUGUUGUCCACUGUUAUCGUCCAUUAUUCAUGACAGUUCCAAAGAGAAAGAGAGAGAGCGUUGUUUCCAAGGGAGACUAUUAUAUCACAGCUGGCGAUGCUGUAAAGUGAUUAAUUACUUAUAUCAAUAAGCUUGUAAUGUUAUUGCACGUUCGUUACUGGCAUUAACCAGCAGCAACAAAAAGGCAUUAUUUAUAAAUAACCCUAGGUGCGUAUAGGAUUUUCUCUCUUUAAUUAAUAUAAGACAUUAAUCCUAUUAUCUGUAUAACGAAUAUAAAUACGCGAUUAUCACGUUUUUGCAAUUUGCUAUGAAAACUUACUCGAUCGAUGUUUAACGUAACUAAAUAAUACAAAAUAUUGCAAUAUAUAUUUAAUCUUUCUUGUAUAAAUAUUGCUACAUUCGAAUUAAUUGAAAUGACAUUUAAAUGUCAGACAGUGGCAAGCAUGGUGUUAAUGUCUCUUUUAUUCCUUCAAAAUGUUAUGACAGCGUAGAGUAUUAUAGUUAGUCAAAAAUUAUUAUUAUAUUAUUAUUAUACAGUCGUAAUAUUUAGUCGUUAUCCUUGAUAGGAACGUAUGUAAUUUUUCUAAAAAUCCAUCCAAUACUAGUAUUAUUGUAUUCUUAUUAGAUAUAAUAAUAUUCUCUACAUUGAAAAAUCAGUGAAAUUUUAUUAAUUUUAGUGUUAUGUUUAUAUUUUUAUGCAGAAAACUAAAUUACAUGCAUAAAUGAGACAUUUUUUACAUACUUGCAGUGUACUUGACAAAAAUAAAAUAACAUUAGAAUGUUAGUCUACUCCUAAAAAAGAUAAAUAUAAAAUCAAUAGUCGAAUUUAUCGAAAUGUUGUCAUCGCUUUACAGUGACGCUAAUUGGUUCUCUUGCUAAGCUAACUUCGUGAGAGGCUGUCAUCGCCGAAUUAACAAAUAAUUUGUAAUGGUUAUCUGUACAAUUAUCAUUGCAAUUUAUUUUUUAAGUAAAAAGUAAAAAAUAAAAAGCUAAACAGCGUCUGCAAAGUGCGCAUGAUGUCUAAUAUGUUAAAAACCGCCAUUGUACUUUAGAGUAAAUGAAGCGCUUACACACCUGGACUGUUAAUAAAUAAUAUAUUUUUUACCGUCAUUGUCUUUCGAGAUGGUCUUCGUAUUUGUACAUUUUGGCACAAAUCGCAGAAGCAAUUGCCGAAAGAAUUAUUCAUUUUGCUUUCCUAAACAACGGGUUCCAACUAACCGCUACCAACCAACAGACAGUAAACAACGACCUCUAAAUAAAGUUUGUUCAUAAUUAAUCAAAUAUUUAUAUAUACUGGAUAUUUGUUAUCAUUACAAAUUAUUCAUGUUUGCCUUAAUUAAACGGAGCGCUUCCGCUCCUCGAUUGUUAAUAAAUAACUUUUUUUUGCACAAAUCGCAGAAAUGGUUGCCGAAAGAAUUAUUCAAUUUGCUUUUCUAAACAACGAGUUGCCAACUAACCGCCUCUAACCAACCACACUUAAUCAAUCGCUACCAAUAGCCAGCAAACAACGACCUCCAAAUAAAAUUUGUUCACAAUUAAUUAAAUAAUUAUAUAUACUAGGUAUUCGUUAUAAUUAUAAUUUACUCAUGUGCGCCUGACUACUUUGAAUUAAACUGACCGCUUCUGAACUUGGAUUGUUAAAAAAUAAUGUUCUUUCUAAUGUCAUUAAGAAUUUUCCUCGCAUUUUACUUUAUUAAUAAUGAGACAUGAAAUCGAUAGCCGAAUCUAUCGAAAUGUUACUUUUUCGCGACGCUGAUCGGUUUGCUGUUGCAUUAAUUUGAGGUGAAAGGUUGUCACCGCGGUGUUAGCAAAUAAUAAUUUGUAUAGUUGAUUAUCUAUCAUCAUUAUCAUUACAAUUUAUUUUUAAAAAGUAAAAAAUAAAAAAUAAAAUGCUAAAUAGCGCGCGCGAAGCGCUAUGGCGUUUAUGGCGUCUAGUAAUUAUUCACAUCAUUCACAAAAUGCGUGAUAUUUCUGCCAGCUAGGACGCGCGCAUUUCUAAUUUUACUAACUUAUCGUACAAUGGAGUAGAGAGAUGCGGUAUCAUUUCGUACCAAGUACACAUAGCGAUACAAUGAUCCCGCGUGAUAUUUGAUAUUGCCUCUUUGAAAUGCGUGUUAAUUGCACAACUCGAAGGAUUACAUCGUGCCUUUAUUAUGUCUUCAUGUUAAUUGGGUUACCUUAAGACCUUCGUCGCCGUCUCGAAUAAUGAAAAGCACGCGCAAUGGCUUGCAAAUGGCACGUGCACAGAGAAAUGAUUGAUGUUUAUUCUACCUGUCCUUCGUCCGAACUAACUUACUAGUAAUAAGCAAACAGUCUCAAGUGGGAACGAGUGGGGACAGCGACAGAUUUGACACGAAUCGCUGAUAAGGAAAGCGCUGAUAAAGUGACAUAUAUAAUCUACGGCGCCAUGAAUGCGUUGUUAUUCCAUCUGAAAUGCAUUAAAAUCCGGGUGUCGUUAGGCUGUGGUGGAGAUACCUGGUCAUCUUUCCUGGUAGCAUCAGCGCGCUUUAUCGCUAUCUCUUUUUUCGAUAAGAAGACAUAAAAGAUGAAGCAAUCCCAUGUUAAACGGUGGCCUCAAUAUUUAGCAUCGAUUACAGCUACCUUAUCACUGGCACUUACCGGAUCUCACAUAGGCUGGACGUCACCUACCUUGCCAAUAUUGAAAUCCUCCGAUUCCCAUGUCCCGAUAACGUCCGACGACGCUUCCUGGAUCGCUUCUUUCUAUCUUUUGGGCACCAUUCCCGGAUGCAUUAUAGCGGCCAUCAUCGUAGACCAACUAGGUCGAAAAAUGAGCCUGAUACUAGGCGCCGUACCUCUGAGUCUUUCAUUCGUUCUGAUCAUCAUAGCGUGGAAUCCCUAUGUUCUUUACGCCGCUCGCAUUAUCGCCGGUAUCGGCCAGGGAAUAGCGUACGUCGUCUGCCCAAUGUACAUCGGGGAGAUCGCCGAUAAAGAAAUCAGGGGUACCCUCGGCUCCUUCUUCAAGCUAAUGGUGACCUUCGGAGAAUUAUACGCUCACGCGAUCGGCCCGUUUGUCUCUUACGAAUGGCUCGGUUAUAGUUGUCUGCUGAUCGCGUUGUUAUUCUUUAUAACCUUCCCCUGGAUGCCCGAGUCGCCGUAUUACUUGCUGAUGAAAAAUCGUCAAAAGAGAGCGAUGAUGAAUCUGAAACGUUUAAAGCGCGGCGUUUCUGACGAUCAACUGGAUACGGAUAUGGAACAGAUGCAGAAGAUAGUCGUCCGCGAUCUCAGUAAUCGCGGGCGAUUCCAGGAUCUGUUCGGUACGUCCGGCAAUCGACGCGCCGUCCUCAUCAGCGUAGGCUUGCAGUUCGUCCUGCAGUUCAGCGGUAUCGUCGCGAUCGAGUCGUACACACAGGAGAUCCUCGAGGAGGGCGACGCGGGCCUGCCUGCGAGCAUGUCUGUCAUCCUGAUGAGCGUGCUCCAAUUGAUCGCCGGUAUCGGAGCGGUGCUCUUAGUCGACAAACUCGGUAGACGGCCGUUACUCAUCACCACCACUUUUCUAGCUGGAAUCACGCUGACCGUCGCCGGCGUCUUCUAUUUCGUAAAAUUCCAAUUUGGAGUUGACACGACCGGAUACGGCUGGCUGCUUCACUCCUCCGUGAUAUUCUACGAGUUGAUCAUCGCUCUGGGCCUGAAUCCACUGCCCUACCUGAUGCUGGGCGAGCUGUUCCCGACGAAUGUCAAGGGUGCUGCCGUGUCCUUGACCACUCUGAUGUCCGCAUUGCUGGCCUUCAUCGUCUCCAAGAUGUAUCAAGUAAUCUCCGACAACUGGGGAGUGUACGCGUCCUUCGGUUGGUUCGCCAUUAGCAGCUACCUCGGCGUAAUCUUCAUUGUGCUGAUCGUCCCCGAAACCAAAGGCAAGUCGCUAUUGGAAAUUCAAGAGGAGCUUCACUGCAAACAAAAGAAGAAAAAGAGCAGCGCGAAGGAGAAGCAGAUCCAAAUAAAAAUAAGCGAUGCACGUUUCCUGGAUUACGGGACAUUCGACAGGAAACCUCGAGCCGGCUGAGCAUCCUGCCGGUUACGUUCGGACCGCUCGUAAAAACGAACGAGAGACUCAUAUCCAACGAUCAACGGUAAGAUCAAUUAUAAUAUGUGAAUUGCCGCUUCGAUAAGAUGUAAAUGAAACUAAUACAGAGAGAAAGAUUUCUUUAGAUUUUAUAAUAAACAGUUUUGUUUGACUAUUCCAAAGCAUAUAUUGCUUUGUUUUUAAUAAAUUUUAUCAAAUCUAAAAAAUAUGUAUAAUUUAUUAAAAACAAGAAAUGUAUACUUUGGAAUAGUUGAACAAAAUUGUUUAUUAAAGCUAAAGAAAUCUUUCUCUCUGCGUACGGUGCUGCUUGUAAACUUUAAACGGAACACGUUAUCGUUUGCAGAAUUUAAAUUUAAACAAACUGUUCUCGUUUGUAACGAUCGUCCGAAUGAACCGGAGAAUAUUUUCUGUCGAUGGAUUUAUGCAUUUCUUUCAUAGAAGAAAUUCAAAAGAAAAUUUUAAGAAUCUCUAUGUUGCUAGUUGCAGAGUCCCUUGCGUUUUGAUUUGAGUCUAUUAUUAUGAAAGUGUUUUUUUUUUUAUUUUCUACACUUUAUUGCAACUUUAUUGAAGCUAAAUGGAAUUUUAAUAGCAAUUUAAUUAUUAGAAUAUGGAGGAAAGAUUCUUUAGAAAGAAAUUAGUUUACAUAAGAUUUUAGUUUCUAAGAAAGGGCCCUUAUAUUCCAUUGAAGAAUGGCACUUCGGUUGAAGCAACAUAAGAUCGUCAAAAGAGCAUUUUCCCGAUCGAGAUAUCGUACGACGCUAUAAUUAGAGAGAAGCUUGUGACGCAUAUUUGUUUAGAUUUGUAUACAUUUGCAUUUUAAAUGCGCAAGUAGGAGCUUGUCACUUGUGCAAACGUUACAUUAAUUCGAGAAUAAUCUCAAUUCAAAUACCUCAACUGAAAAACGCGUGGAUUAUGCAGAAUUUGACAGGGGGGAUAAUGACAUAAAUUUUGCGCCAUUAUUCUUUGUUAUCAUUAGCAACACGUGAAACUCGAGCCUUUUAUUUAGACACAAUGCGCACAAAUCGAGCGGAAGAUUUUAGCGUACACAACAGAUACGGAACCGGCAACGGUUAAUGACGGUCUGUUAUUGAAGUGUAUUUCAUGUGUCAAAAAACACACACACACACACAAAAUGUGUUCUCCAAAAGCCGAUCAUUCAACCGCUGCGUUCGCCGAACGUUUAUUCUACAGCAAUUGUACAGGCGAUUCGUUCGUUUGCCGUGUGUCGGCUUUGGAAACGUUCGUAUCUCGAUCGGGCAAAAAUCUCGGUGAGGGCGAAGGAAUCUCGGCCGAGAAUAAUGCGAAUUUACAGUGUCCGGUGGUUUCCGAAGUACCGUUUCAGAAGAAUCGUUCCUUCGGGAGCCAUCGUGCAUCCAACGUGCGUUAGCUAGGGCCCCAAGAGCAAUCUUGCAUGACCAUCUUUUUUUUCCCUUUUAGGCAGGGUUAAACUGAAGCUUGAGACUGAUAGUUUUUAAUUAAUCGUAAAGUAGUUAUUGGUCGCUAUGGCCGAGCUCCGAACAGGCAGAAAGGUUUUUCAGCUGAAAAUUUCAUAGAAAACAAUCUAUCGCUUUUGAUUCCACGUGAUACAUAUCCUUCGUGAUUAAGAUAUUCUUGAAUAAUUUUGCUUCAACUUGAAUUGAACUCGAAGACUCCGAGUAUAAAAAGAGUGCAAGAAAGAGUAAUAAAUUUAAAAUAAAAAGCAAAGUACAAGAAGAAUAACGGAUAUAAAAUGAAAAAGUGAAAUAAUGGAGCAUAGAGAAUCUCUGGAGAGAAGCGAAAGAGAGAAGAAAAGAAAACAGCAAACCCGUCCUGUUCGGCGCGACCCCCACGGCGAUUAGGAACAUCUUUCUUAUCCCUUUAAGGCAGGGUGCAAAACAGCACACGAUUACGAUUAAACGUUAUCGAAGAAUAGCGCGUGUGAACCGCGCGUACCACGGCGUACGCGCGCACGCCUAUUGGCCCUGAUGCGAGGAUGAUCUAGACAGAGCACUGUGGCAUGACUACUAACUUAAUAUAUCCCUUUCAGGCAGGGUGAGAGACAUACGUACGUUAUAGAAAUAGCUUCGGCGUAGAAUAUAACUGGCCCGUUAUUAGAGUUAAAGAAAACACGCACACGCGUUCCGCACAUGCGUUAUAAAUUCACCCGGAGUAUCCGGGUCGCGUGCUCUCGUGCGUAAAUGCGUGCGCCAAUAAUAAAUGGUCGUCUGGCCGACCGUGGAAAAUUCCGAUUUCAUAAUCGAAUAGCCGUGUGUCUCGGCAACCCCCCCCCCCCCGCAGAGAGAAGGGUUUAUUCUUGCUCUCCCUGCCGACGCGAUCCACCUGUUACGUACACUGAAGAACCGUGUAAGCCGUGUUUGACAAGUAAACAAGUCUGAAAGCGCAUGAAUGAGCACUGCGUUUAGUUACAGAAAUAAUUCGCGGACUGCCGGUCAUUCGCCUUUAUCAUCACGGCUACGCGGUGCGCGCCGGGGGCACGUUAUACUCGAUAAGUUUACAUCUUAACUCAAGAGUGUCAAGUAUGUUCGCGCUAUUGCAUGACUCUCUACACGUCCCUUUCAGGCAGGGUUCAAAUGCUAAUCGAACUCCACCACCGACCUCACAGAUUUCUACAAUGUAGAAGUUUGCAAUAAACGUUGACAAAUAAAGAAACUCACCGUUUUGAUCAGCAGUUGUACAUUGCGUCAGCCCUUUUCUUCUCGUACUCCCUACUCAACAAUUCCGCGAGAUUUCUCCUUUUUCCCCGGCCCCUCCCGGUCUUUUCUCCCCUUUCAGAAUCGUUUCGGCAGGAGGUCAGUAAAGAGGCGGUCGCAAACCGGACAACUAGUACGUAUAUUUUUGCAUUAUAAUAAUCUCGUAAUACAUAAACGUUAUUACAAUAUAGAAACAUAAAUUUUUGUUUUAUAAUAUCUCAUCCAUUUUGUAACAUCUCUCACAACGCCUCGCUAUGAUACACACCUCGUGGUCGAGAUUAUUAUAUUACUGCUACAAUCCCUGGCGUAAAAUCUCGUCAGCAUGCCCGGAAUACACCAUUCGCGUGACUCUUUUCCUUGAAUAAAACACGCGUGCCUCGCGUAAGAGAGCGACAAGAUGAAACUUGCACACACAGCUUUUUAUCCCGCUUAUUAUUUAACGUUACGCACGUCGCCCAAUUUUACCGGGGGGGAAAAAAAAAAA